GGUGAGCUUUUACUUUGAGGCAGGAAGGGAGGGGGAGCUUGCUCAUACUCCACCCCUCUGCUCAGGUUUUGUAUGUGUGUGGGGAGGAUCAUUUCGUGCACCGAGUUGCUGCAGAGAGCAGUCUUAUUUUUAACCUCCACCCCGUGUGUUAUUUUUACACGAUCUGCCGCAUGAUGUCGACAGACAGAACAAUGGAUAUUCUCAGCAUUGCGGGGUAAAUGCUGACCGCAGGGAAUAAGAGUGCGUUUUCGUUUUGCAAUCGUCCAACAAUUACUCCUCAUCAUUAGCCUUUUGCCUCCCACCACCCUUCCCCCUCCCGUAAGAAGCUUUUACUUUUAAUUAGACGAACGAUCAUAUCUGCUCGGCGGGUUGAGGGUUUGCGAAGGUUUUCCAUUCCCUCCCUCUGAAGAUACUGUGAAGGUAUUUUAUCCUUUCGUUUGUGGAGCCCAGCUGUGUUUUUAUUGGAAAAAUGGAGGCUGUUAUAGGGAAGGAAUGCAGUGCGCUUGGUGGAUUGUUUCAGACCAUCAUCGGCGACAUGAAGGGGAGUUACCCAAUCUGGGAAGACUUCAUUAGCAAAGCGGGUAAGCUGCAGUCCCAACUAAGGACCACUGUGGUAGCUGCUGCUGCUUUUUUGGAUGCCUUUCAGAAAGUGGCAGAUAUGGCUACGAAUACCCGUGGUGCCACCAGGGAAAUUGGUUCAGCAUUAACCAGAAUGUGUAUGAGGCACAGAAGCAUUGAGACUAAACUUCGUCAGUUCUCAGCAGCUUUGAUCGAUUGCCUGAUAAAUCCGCUGCAGGAUCAAAUGGAAGAAUGGAAGAAAGUGGUUAAUCAGCUUGACAAGGACCAUGCAAAGGAAUAUAAGAAAGCUCGUCAAGAAAUCAAAAAGAAAUCAUCUGAUACAUUGAAACUUCAGAAAAAAGCAAAGAAAGGAAAAGGAGACAUUCAACCUCAGCUGGAUAGUGCUUUACAAGAUGUAAAUGAUAAAUAUCUUCUGCUUGAAGAAACAGAAAAGCAAGCUGUUCGUAGAGCCCUUGUUGAGGAACGUAGUCGCUUCUGUGCUUUUGUUUCUAUGCUGCGACCUGUGGUUGAAGAAGAAAUGUCAAUGCUAGGUGAAGUAACCCAUCUGCAAACUAUUGCAGAUGAUCUUGCUAAUCUGACAAUGGAUCCUCACAAACUACCAACAGCCAGUGAGCAGGUAAUUAUUGACCUGAAGGGCUCUGAUUAUAACUGGACAUACCAAACCCCUCCAUCUUCUCCAAGCACCACCAUGUCCAGGAAGUCUAGCGUCUGCAGCAGUCUAAACAGCGUUAACAGUAGUGACUCCAGAUCCAGUGGAUCCCACUCUCAUUCUCCCACUGCACACUAUCGCUACCGCAGCUCUAACCAGCCACAACAGGUUCCAGUGAGGCUCUCUAGUGUCUCAUCCCAUGACUCUGGCUUCAUGUCCCAGGAUGCAUUCCAGUCAAAGUCUCCUUCUCCCAUGCCACCAGAGGGACCCACCCAGAAUUCAUCCAGCUCUGCCUCCUCUGAAGCUUCUGAAACGUGCCAGUCAGUGAGUGAGUGCAGCUCACCGACAUCAGUAAGCUCCGGUUCUACAAUGGGAGCCUGGGCAUCAACAGAAAAGUUGCAGUUGGCAAAUGGGUUUGAUCACUUCAAUUCAUCUAGUGAACCAUACCUUGCCUCAGCUGGUACACGCUUUCUCCCACAUUUUCAGUCCUGUUCCCGACCUUGCUCAGCAGCUCUCUCAGUUAAUCCUCAUUACUAUACCAUUGGGCCUGGCAUGUUUCCAUCAUCAAAAGUUCCUAGCUGGAAGGACUGGGCAAGACCAGGUCCCUAUGAUCAGCUGGGAAUAAACACCCUACCAAAGCGUAAAGAAUCAGAGCAGCAUCGAGAUACUGAUCCUAAGGCAGUAAUACCCAUUGGUCAGAAUGUACAAAUGGAUGAGGUUCAGAGAACUCGGAGUAUGAUGAUCUCCACUGCUGCAAAGGGGGAGGAUGUUGAAACUCAUGAAGAAUUGGCUUUGGCCUUGAGCCGAGGUCUUCAGCUGGAUACGCAGAGGAGCAGUCGGGAUUCCUUGCAGUGCUCUAGUGGAUACAGCACACAGACUACCACACCGUGCUGCUCAGAAGACACAAUUCCCUCGCAAGUUUCAGAUUAUGAUUACUUCUCGGUUAGUGGUGAUCAAGAUGUCGAACAGACCGAGUUUGACAAAUCCUCCACUAUUCCACGAAAUAGCGAUAUAAGCCAGUCCUAUCGCCGCAUGUUCCAGGCAAAGCGCCCUGCAUCCACAGCGGGCCUGCCCACAAAUGCUGGAUCAGCGAUGAUGACUCCAGGUGUCGCUACAAUUAGGCGGACACCAUCAACCAAACCCUCGGUGCGAAGAGCAACUGUAGGCGCAGGCCCAAUACCAAUUAAGACCCCUGUAAUUCCUGUUAAAACUCCAACUGUGCCUGAAGCAGGUGGGUCUUCUGGCACGCAACCUUGGCCAGAGGAAUCAAAGCAAGGUCCUGACACUGCAGAAAGCAAUACCUCAUCACCUUCUUGCAUGGAGCCACCUGUCACCUCACCUGUGCCAUCACAGUCCGUAAACCCUACAGAAGAAGAGAGGCAGUCUGCAAUGAACGAGCAGGUGACAACAGUCAUUGGAGCCCCCAACGUGGCCGUCACUGUGGUGCCUGCAACAGGGGGUCACUCUGAAGUCACUUUGAGCUUGCAGGAGUCAGAUGAAGGAGCUGAGAGUUCCAUGGCCCCCUUGCCUCCGCAAGGUGAAGACAUGCUCAGCGCCAUCCGACGGGGAGUAAAACUGAGAAAAACCACCACUAAUGAUCGUUCAGCCCCAAGGUUUUCAUAAAUGUACAGAUUAUAUUAUGCAGAUUACGGUAGGAAUCUCUGUAAUCUUGAGAAAUCCAUUCCAGUGUGUUUGGGGGAAAAUGAUUCUCACACAUUUAUAUUAUUUGAGAACCUCAUGAGAGAGGAGACUGGUGGAAUACAGAGGAAAAGGCAGUUGGGGAUUGGAGGAAGCUUUACUGGUUGCAUUAUCAUUUGGAUUUAACAGUCCAUAAAGACUGUUUCCUUUCGCAGCUUCCUUUUAGUUUGCCAGUUGCUUUAUUUCUCCCUUCUGCCAGAAGGUGCCAAAUCAUAUAAAACAUGCUAUAAAGCUCACUCUAUUGACAGAGCACAACAUGUUAAAAGAUGUUUUAUUGAGGAAUGGAUAACUUUAUUUAAAACUGUCAGGGAACGUGUUCAGUGAUUGAAAGUUAAAGAGUAUGUUGAAUUCAGAGCAUAUCAAGGAAAAUAGAAGAUUUUAUUUAUUGGAUUUUAUCCAUGCACAAAGAUUUUUCUAUAGAAUGGUGGUGGUAAGCAGCAUCACACUGUGUUAGAUGUAUUUACUGCCUGUACAGUAAUAGAGGUGAAUUUAGCAGACUACCAGCUAACAUAACACAAGCAAUACAGUGCAACUACGGCAUGAGAAGUCAGCGUGGAUUUAAUGUUUAGUUGUUAGAGUGCCAUGACAGUAACAGAAUUAAAGGAUGUUUUUACACAGUUAGACAUAGUAAUUUUCUAAUGCUUGAUGUUGAUCCUAACAAAAUGAGCCAUUCGCAGUAACAGAAUUUGUAAUUUCAUAAACUGUUUAGACAUUGCUUUCUGCUAAAUUUAACUGUCCACAGAAAUUGCCUUGUUUUAUGCAUGUGGCACAAUGUUAUUUUCUCUACACCUGCCGCUGUUCAUAUGCACUCUUCACUUUUCCCUUUCUCCACUUUUUCUAAUUUUAAUUAGGGAUUUUAGGUGAUAACAGUGGAAAGUAAGUGGCAUACAGUAGUAUCACGUCUUUUUAAAAACUCAAAAGGUAGCAGGGAGUUCUCUAAAUAACAUUGCCUUUCUCUCAAAUUUUCUUUUUAAAUGAGAGUUUCACCCAGCAGGCUGGGUAAGUAAAACCCAUAGAGUACAAUAAUAGGAAAACAAAAUACAUGUUUCAUUUAUGACAGAGCAGUAGCCAUAGAAUUACAGCUCAGGUCUUAUCCCUUGUGCAACAAUACAUCUGAAUAAAAAUACUUUCAGGGGCUUGUUUGUUAUGUAUUUCAGCUCUCAAUUCAUGAAUCAUUUUAAAUAUGGGAAGCUGCAGACUGAGGAGCGUACAAACAUGUGUAUACUUGCCAUCUCCUCUAGGCAUGAUUAAUACUUAAGUAUAUCUUUAACAUUUUCAGUAAACUAAGCCUUUGCUUUAUGUCAAAUAUUGUAUUUUGUUUUACAUCAAUUAUGGCUAGAAUAGGUCAUGCGAUAUUCAGUAAAUCAAUAUACUCCCUCCAUUCCUCUUAUUUCAUCCCUGAACAUCCUUACAAUAAGCAUAAGAUGGUAGCAAGUACGUAAAUUGUUUUCAAAUGCAGUUUGCUUUUUUUAAAAACAAUAGGCACAAUUAUAUAUUGAUGUUUUUAAUCUUGAGAUGUCUUUACAUAAUCUUUGAACAUUUCACAAGUUACAGGUAAUCUCCAUCAAGCAGAAAACUUGUAGAAAACAUUCUGGAGGCACAAAAUACAGAGCUGUUCUUUUGAAAUAAAGUUGCAACAUGUUUAAUAAACAAGUCCCUGGCUAGGAAAUAGUAAUACCUAUGGGGAUUCUGAUAAAAAAACAGAACUGAAAAGAUAAGUAUACAAUGUGACAAUAAGUAUACAUUAAUCUACAAUAGUAAUUUCAGCUGAUGCUAAUAGUCAAUGGUUUCUUACUAGCUCUUAAUUAUACAAUCAUAGGCACAACAGUAAUUGUUCUGUGCAAGAAAAGCAUAGGAAAACUUCAUCAAGACAUGGUAUGUCAAAGUAGAUUCUAAAAUUCAUCACACAUCCUUGCAAUCCUUCAUGGUUAAAUCUGGAAGAAUGUUGCCAAAAUUUUAAUAUUGUUUAAACAGAAUUGUUUUUGGAAUAGUAAACAUUUGAUGUGUUUUGCAUAUUGUAAAAAAGAACAGGCUAGAAUUAUUUCUUAUGGUAAAUUAUUGUGGUUUUUGUUUCUGGUUUGUAUUGAGAGUUGACCUCUCCUUGUGGAGUUUCAUUUUGUUUGAGAGGUGUAAAUAUAACAAUAUAUAAUUUUGUGUCAGCCUCUUCUGUGUAAUGAUUGCUUCAGCCUAUAUUAAAGAAAUGUAAACAAAAUCGACUUUGUUUUCACUUUGUAACGAAAUGCGUAGCUAUAACAUUUAAAAAGUAAUUUAUUCUCUUUCUGAUGUCAGAGGUUGUGUUUAAAAACGCAAACACGAGAAAUUCUGCAGAUGCUGGAAAUUCAAGCAACACAAAUCAAAGUUGCUGGUGAACGCAGCAGGUCAGGCAGCAUCUCUAGGAAGAGGUACAGUCGAAGUUUCAGGCCGGGACCCUUCAUCAGGACUAAUAUAUGUAUCUCAAAGGAAUAGUUGAUGAUGGGUGAUAAAGUUCACUCGAAUCCUCCUGGCUCCUGGCACAGAACUAACCAUAACAGAUCUAUAUUUAUAUAAAGUAGGAUAAUAGCAUGCUAAUUAGGGAACCUGUAGCAGUUAUUCUUGAUAUCAGUUUUGCAGAUGAUGCAGUUAAUUUGUCUCAAACCUUCUGAUUGAGUGGGCAAGGAUCUGCCAAAUGAAGGAUAAUGUGUGAAAUGGGAAAUUACCCAUUGAAGCAGGAAAUAUAACAAAACAUUAACUGAAUAAUGAAGGAUUAGUGCUAUGAAAAGGAUAGAUCUGGAUUCUCUGGUGUAUGAUUCCCAAUAAAACAACACACUGUAGGUGCAGAAAGUAAUUUGGAAAGCUAAUGCAAUGUUGUUGUUCAUUGUGAGAAUUAAAUUCAAAUGGAGGGAAGGUAAAAUUCAAUAAUAGAGGGCAUUAUAUACAUCUGGAGAUUUGUAUAGGGUAACUGUACCGAUCAUAUUUAAGAAUGAAGCAUUGGAAGAGGUUGAUUAGAUUAAUAAUUGGAAUGAGAGGGUUGGUGUAAGGGGAAAGACUGGACAAACUAUGCUCAUAUCUGCUGGAGAUUAGAAGACUGAGAGGAGACCGGGCAGAAAUACAGUAUCCCAGGACCACAGACAGGCCAGAAACUGUGAUUAAAAAUGUUGGAAACACAGAGCAGGUUGAGCAGCAACACUGGGGAUGAGAAACAGCAAACAGUUCUGGAUGAGAAUUCUUCAUCAGGAAUGAAAAAGUAGAAAGCACACUUUGAAGGUGCCGAAAAGAGUUAAGCAAGCAGAGUAUGUCUGAUAAAGUGCAAACCAACGUUGUCAAGGUAACAAUUACUCUUAAUAGUCUUGGAGCAAUACAGCACAAAUACAGGCUGUUUGGCCUUUUCGGUCCAUACUGACUACGGUGCCCAGCAAUUUCCUGUCUUUGGUUCUGAUCUAAAUAAGCCUUGUCCUCCAUGUACCUAUCCAACUGCUUCUCAAAUGAUACAAUUGUAUCUGUCUUUGGCAGUUCGUUCCAUAUGCUUAGCAACCUCUGUGUGGGGAAAAGAUUGCUCCUCAGAUCCCUUUUAAAUCUUCUCACCCUAAACCUAUGCUUUCUAGUUUUUGUCUUCCCAUCCCUGAUGCAAUGACUUGCCAUUCAUAGAAACAUAGAAAAUAGGUGCAGGAGUAGGCCAUUCGGCCCUUCGAGCCUGCUCCGCCAUUUAUUAUGAUCAUGGCUGAUCAUCCAACUCAGAACCCCGCCCCAGCCUUCCCUCCAUACCCCCUGACCCAUGUAGCCACAAGGGCCAUAUCUAACUCCCUCUUAAACAUAGCCAAUGAACUGGCCUCAACAGUUUCCUGUGGCAGAGAAUUCCACAGGUUCACCUCUCUCUGUGUGAAGAAGUUUUUCCUAAUCUCGGUCCUAAAAGGCUUCCCCUCUAUCCUCAAACUGUGACCCCUCGUUCUGGACUUCCCCAACAUCGGGAACAAUCUUCCUGCAUCUAGCCUGUCCAAUCCUUUUAGGAUCUUAUACGUUUCAAUCAGAUCCCCCCUCAAUCUUCUAAAUUCCAAC